AUGGGAAAUCGGGGAAUGGAGGAUUUGAUUCCGCUGGUUAACCGAAUGCAGGAUGCGUUUUCUGCGAUCGGACAAAAUGCCAACUUAGACCUUCCCCAGAUCGCAGUGGUUGGCGGUCAGAGCGCAGGGAAAAGCUCCGUGCUGGAGAACUUCGUGGGGAAAGCUUAUUUGCCGAAAGCUCUAGGGUGGGUUGCCCAAACACCUCUUAAGGCUAAGAUGAUUGUAUGCCCCAAACAAUAUGCAGAAUUUCUCCACUGCAAAGGGAAAAAGUUCACUGAUUUUGAGGAAGUGCAUCAAGAGAUCGAAGCAGAAACAGACUGCAUCACUGGACAGAACAAAGGCAUCUCUCCAGUGCCCAUCAACCUGAGAGUUUACUCCCCUUACGUCCUGAAUCUCACUUUAGUGGACUUGCCUGGAAUGACCAAAGUACCAGUUGGGGAUCAGCCAGCUGAUAUUGAGUUCCAGAUCAGGGACAUGCUCAUGCAGUUUGUUACAAAGGAGAAUUGCCUCCUGCUGGCCGUCUCUCCUGCCAACUCAGACCUUGCCAACUCUGAUGCCCUGAAGAUUGCCAAGGAAGUGGACCCUCAGGGUGUGAGAACAAUUGGUGUGAUCACUAAACUGGACCUGAUGGAUGAGGGUACGGAUGCAUGUGAAAUUUUGGAAAACAAACUUCUUCCUUUGCGUAGAGGCUACAUCGGAGUUGUGAACCUCAGUCAGAAAGAUAUUGAUGGAAAAAAGGAUAUUACUGCUGCUAUGGCAGCUGAGAGGAAGUUCUUCCUCAGCCACCCUUCCUAUCAUCACCUGGCUGAGCGCAUGGGGACACCUUACCUGCAGAAAGUCCUCAAUCAGCAACUAACCAAUCACAUUCGAGACACGUUACCAGGGCUGAGGAACAAGUUGCAAAGCCAGCUGCUGUCCACUGAGAAGGAAGUGGAGGAGUACAAGAACUUCCACCCGGACGACCCUUCCCGCAAGACCAAGGCCCUUCUUCAGUCAGUUGAAUUUUUAUCCCCCAUGUCCAGCCCCACACCUCAACGUCGAGCUCCUCCUGGACCCCCUCGCCCUGGAGCUCGUGCUGCUCCUGGGCCUCCUGCUGCUGGAGCUCCACCUGUGCCCUCCAGACCUGGAGCCUCCCCAGACCCCCACACUGGCCCACCACCCCAAGUACCCUCACGUCCCAACCGCGCUCCUCCAGGAGUUCCCAGCCGUCCGAGCAAAGGCAGCCCUUCUCAUGGAGAGGGCCCUCAACCUUCGUUUGACUCAUAG